UAAUUCAAAUGCAAGCAAGAUCCGUUCGGUACCUGUGCGUCUACAAACAAGACCGAAUUUGUUUGCCCCAUUCAUCACGCUCACGAUGGCCGUGGAUAUACUCGCGAGUCUCUCGUGCGAUUGUCUCAUUCUUUAUAAGUACGCCCCCACUGUCGCUUGCAAUAUUGAAAGUUCGCAAGGACUCUCAUGGCGCGCUGCGCAGUCAUUUGCCUCUACGCAUAACCUCUACAUCAUCUUCGCCAGCCAGAGAACUGCAACUGAAGUUUUUGAGGUUAAGCAGCCUUUACCGACUAGCGUUCUUAUGAGCAUGCACAUCAGUUCUGUACCGCGUGAAAUUGGAAGUGCGGUGGUGUGUGGGAAAGGAAAUGAAAGGAAGAUCGAUUACUCUAUCAAGGGUCGUGGAUCUAGAAGAUCUAGUGAAGUCGAGGAACCAGCCACAGGACUCAUGAGUGCCAUACUCGGCGUAUUCAUCUUGUUUAUUAUUCUUUAUGCUAUUAUGAAUUACCUCUGGUCAAAGUCCUUGGCAAAACGCAGCCGAAUCAAACUCGACGGUACAGAGCGCAGACUGAGCGCACACGCUAAAUGA